AGAUCCACGAGGAGACUACGGUUCCUCGGCAGCCAAGCCUUCGCAUUAUUAUUCUAUUAUUCUCGAGCCAAACCUCGCGGUCACAUUUGGGCAGACCUGUCGGAGGUCAAUGCAUUCUAGCGACCGGUACGACGUGCGGCCCGACGUCGUAGGCCGGCCGGCCGGCAACGGCCCUCAGAUGCAUGGUAUGCCAUGGAGACGGUCGUUGAGCCGCCGCCGGGCGGGCGAGCGAGGCGGAGAUCGUGAUCGAGGUCGUGGAGAUGGAGGCCUUCCUGGCGACGAGAGGUCUGGUGCGAGGAAAUGGGCCGCUUCCGGCGCACCGAUGGAGUCCGGAGGAUGCAACGAUCAAUCGUCUGCAUCAGCCGAAGAAGACAUUUUAAGCGGCGGUCCAACUUCGGGCUCUCUCUCUCUCUCUCUCUCUCUCCCCCUCGAGAACGUGCCGAGCGUUGCGAAAUUUGAAGAAGAAGCGUCCAUGGAGUGGCGAUGAGAAGAGAAUCCUGUGCAUUCCACACAUUCCUCGCAUCGCCUAUCGGUCCGUCAAGCGAUUCGCGUACGAAUGCGAGAUUCCCAGCCUUGUCCACGAGGGCGGGCAUGUGUGAGGGAGGGAGGGAGGGAGGAGAUGAGGGGCGAGGGGCAGCGAGGCUGAGCGCGAAUCAAAAGACCCAGAAUAAAGUGAAUGCUCCAGCAGUGAGGCGGUAGAAGAUUGGAAAUGCCAGAGCGUGAUUUUGAUUUUGCCAUGCGGCUCGUAGUCAUGGCCUACGGAAGCCGAAUUCAAACAGACCUGUCCCCUCUCAUGCUCGCUCUCCCUCAGCUGCUCCUGCCCCUCGCCGGCAGCAGCAGCAGCAGGCGACGCAGAAGAGAGGAGAGCGGGAACUGCUGCACAGUUCCCUUGUGUGGCAGCGGACUGACACCGAGGGAACAUGCUCAUAAGAGCUCUUUGGCCCAGUGUUAGACAAAAACAUUCUCCAAGUCAUCCUCCAGUCAAGAGAUGCAGAUCACCGGAUUGUGUCAGAAUUCCAGAAUUAUGGAUUUGGUCAGCGCAGGCAGCAGGGCCCGGAUACUGAGCAGCCUGCGUCACGAGACUCCGAGCCCGGGGCGUACAUGACAUGUGGACCGAAUUACUGACUACGGUCAGAUUAACAUGGCUCCCUGCAAGUCACUGCUCCCUGUCCCCGGCCAGGGAAUAGAGUCAAGAGUCUCGAGAUCACCUCCAAGACCUGUCUAGUUCUCUCCACUCUACGGAGUGACCUGAGGUUAGCAGAUUGGAGCUACCUUGGUACUCAUGUUUAGCUGCCUUUCAAAUCAGUCAUGUGCCCUGCACUGAGCAGGCAGCCAAAGUACUAUGCUUGCUUGUACUGUACUUGUUUGUGUGCCUACCCUCGGCCUUCAUCCAUUCCUCAUCCUCAUCAGUCCCUUCUGCCCAGUACUGCCUCAUUCAUGGACAGAGGUGCUUAAACUCACGUACUGACGAGGUGAGUAAAGAAAGGGAUUUAGACGAUGCAGAGGAUCUACCAUCGUCGUUCGACAUACAGGUAUGAAGCUGUGGUAGCGAGCAGUACAAGUUUAGGAGUAUCAUUCGCUCAUGACCUACUGAUGCAUGACUGGAUAGAUAGAGUCACGCGGUAGAGGUGACUGCUAAUCUUCAAAAAAAAGUCGUCAGCCAUUCUGAAAGAGAUCCACAUCCAUGAGCAUGGCACUUUUAAGAGGUCGUGGAUUGAAUUCGAGGAAGAAUGGUCUUCUGGAAAGGGGAGGAGACUCGAGUCCAACGGGUUCUCAUGGAGUCAACUUCCAUCAGGACUGAAGUGGUGCUGCAGCGAUGAGGAGGACAGGCCAGCCCACAAAGGACGUCACCUUUCCUCCUCCUCCUCCUCCUCCUCCCUUCCCAAACUUCAUUUCUUCCCAGCUCAGGCUGCGCAAUGCUUGGCGAGGAGGCAUACGGUAUGUUCAUCACUGCAUCGUGAUCUCAUGGCUUGAAAGCCAGUGAGAAGCAAAGUGCCAAACUGGAGCCAAAGAAACGUUUGAGUGAAGACGUUCAUGAUCCACGAUGAUAAUACAACAAUGAUAUCAGAACACAGGACAAGCAUGAACGAAGUUUCUCCACAAGUGGAGAAUGAUGACGGACUGAGACAAAGAAGAAGAAAUCUUGCAGACUUUUGAUCCAGGACUGUAACAUUAUCAAUGAUUGAUUCUAGCGUGCACCAAUUCAGAACUACACUAUGAGUAGGAUACCAGAAAACAAGAUAGGAUUCAACGUCCUGCUAAUUUAGCUGAAGUCUUUGACAGUGUCGUAGUGUCACCAUCCAGAUGCCACAAGUCAGUUAGUGGAGUAAGCAAGAGCAGCACAGUACAGACCUGUGUCGACGCACAUGUGGACCACAGAUCGCCAAAAGAAGUGAAUAUCCCCGGAUUAUAAUAUAUUUGGCGCAAUACAUGCACCGAUACUGUGCAUGCCCCGUUUCUCCUCGGACGGCGGGAUGGGGCAUAUUGAGCUGGUAAGCAAUCGAUGACAGAGUACGUCUUGACUAAGAAACGGUCUUACCAGCGAUCAUGCGACGAGGUAGGCUGGAAAGGCGGUGAGAGAGUGAUAGUUGAAGGGAGAUUCGAGAAGGAAAUCGAUUGCUGGACACUCAGAACAUCUCACACGAUGGAGUUGGGGAUCUACCGUAUUGAGACAAGAACGUCACGAGAGUUUGGAACUUAUGUUCCGAGAUAUGAGAGGCAUUAAAUUCAUGGGCAAGACAGGGGUUGGUUGAAUGAUGAUCAGUGCAGACAAGCUAGACCUUUCCCAUUAUACAGUAGACUACUGUGAGUUCUUUACCGCAUCUGCAUCGAAAGGUGUAAAAAGGGAAAGGUUUCAGAAUCAUGUGAUGAUUUGACCAAACAUUUCGGAACAACAUGACUCUACUAGCGUAGCUCUCUUUACUGCCCAUUCAAAACCUUCAAUGAUUCAGUCUCGCACUCUACAAAGUACAGACUAGUCAGGAGCUACCCCCAUAGCUGCAUGUUCUCUUGGCGCCUCCGAAGUUACCUGCUCGAGGUACUUCUCUUUCCAUUUCACAUCAAAGAGGCAAAAUCUCCAGAGUGCAGCAAUGCUUUAGCAGGACCUUUCACUGUUGUGCAUGUGGAGAUAUGUACACUGAGUUGAAGUGAACAGCGCGAGAAAGAUGAAGUUGAGUCUUCCCCUCUAUCGUUUGUCUGACAUCCAACUUUACACUUUAUCGAACACUUGUAGCUCCAAGGUGCUCCAUCUACUGUACGUGGAGUACAUAACCAUUUUUGUGUGUUCUCUCUGUGACUCGUUUCUGCUCACGUU